GAAUAGAGGUAACAGUCUACUAUCAGGCUGCUUAGUUCUAGCAGCUUAGGCCUUUAAAUUGAUUAAAAAAAAAACAAAUAGAAGAAAAGAUUAUAUGUACAUUAAAUUAUUAAAUAAACUAGAAACAGAGGAGGAUUUAUAGUCUAUGAAACUGGACAUAAAUAUAUUCUUUGUAUCAAGACUCCCAGUGACUUACGUAAAAAAACAAAUUAAGUUCUAAGUAUUGAUAGAUAUAUUCUCCAGGCGUAUAAAUAUCUUUUACAAUGGAAACGGAGGAACAUUUGUUGGCUCUAAAAGUUAUGCGCCUGACCAGGCCAACUUUAGCAAGCCCGUUGCCUGUAACAUGCGACAGCAAAGACCUGCCAGGUAACUUACUAAAUAAUGCAUUACAGCAAGACCCUACAUCGGUACCAGGCACAGAAACCUUGGCAAUAGGACAAUUUUUACUACUACCCCAAAAUCCAGUAAAUAUAUACUUAGGAGAAACAUUUUCAAGUUAUAUUUGUAUUUAUAGUGAGACUAAACAAAUAGUUUAUAACAUUAGUGUAAAGGUAGACUUACAAACUAGUUCUCAGAGAUUACCACUUUCUAAUAAGCCCCCAACAGCUCAACUCACAUCUGAGGAAACAGUGAAUGCGGUCAUUCAUCAUGAAGUUAAGGAAAUCGGUACACACAUACUUGUUUGUGAAGUGGCUUAUCAAAAUUCAUCGGGGCUACCUAUGUCUUUUAAGAAGUUCUUUAAGAUCCAAGUCCUGAAACCUCUUGAUGUGAAAACUAAGUUUUACAAUGCCGAAAAUGACGAUGUGUACUUGGAAGCCCAAGUUCAAAACAUAACUUAUGGACCUAUUUGUUUAGAAAAAGUAUCCUUAGAUGCGUCUCAUUUAUUUAAUGUUACAUGUCUAAAUAAGACGCCAGACAGUGAAAGCAUAUUUGGAAAGAAUACAAUACUACAGCCGCAGUCAAUAAGCCAGUAUCUUUAUUGUUUAUCGCCGAAUGAAAAACUGACUUCGGAUUUAAAGUCUUUGAGUGGGGCCACGAAUAUUGGAAAGUUGGAUAUCGUAUGGAGAUCAAAUUUGGGUGAAAAAGGUCGUCUACAAACCAGUCAAUUGCAAAGAAUGGGCCCAAACUAUGGUGAUAUAAGAUUAUCUAUUUCUGAACUACCAAAUUUUGUAGUUUUAGAAGAACUGUUUACUUUUAAGUGCAAACUACUAAAUAAUGGGGAAAGAACUAUUGAAUUUAUGCUAUACCUUGAAAAUACCGAUCACAUAGCGUGGUGUGACAUAUCCGGAAGGAAGUUAGAACCUCUGCCGCCACAUUCAACCAAAAUUCUUGAAUUUAAGUGCAUUCCACUUAUCCCAGGAUUGAGUAGUUUAUCUGGUAUUAAACUUGUGGACACUUUCUUAAAAAGGACUUAUACCUACGAUGAUUUGGGACAGGUUUUUGUCAUUGUAAAUGACCAGAGAAAACCCAAAAAUGCUUUAAACAGUUGAAUAUAAAAUAUACAGAAAAUUAAAAAAUAAUAAUUUAAUAGAUAGUAAAAGAUAAAUAUUUUGUCUACAGUGUUUUACAGGAUUCGGUUAUUCUUCAUAAAUAUGUUUUUAAGAAAAAAGGUUCAUAUAAACAUGGGUUCUAAUUUAAAGUACUUCUUUUUUGAUCUACAGGGCAUUAAAAAAUAAAAAAAGUCGAAUUUCUCGCAAUAUAUCGGAGACUUCUUUAGACAUUUUCUUCAAUUUUAGUAUUUAUUUAUUUUGUAUAUAUGUAUUCCUACUUGAACCAGUAGCGUCCGUACGCACACACCCCAGGGUAAUUUGAUCGAAAUAAAUGGUACGCCACUGCUAUUUUCGACAAAACUAUUUUUAUUUCUUGAUUCCAUCCUUCUGUAGCAAGAUUGAUCUCUUGAGCUUUUCUUGUACAUCGAACGGUUUUCGAGAAUAAAAAAAUGAAUCAAUAUACAUUAUACAUAUCUCAGAAUUGCACAGCAUACAUGAAUAUCGCGACGGUUUUUUUUCUCGAAAGCCGUUUAAUACUCAAGAGAUCAAUUUUGUUAAAAAAGUUUGGACAAUUAAUAAAAAGAAGUUUUCUCGGAAGCAGUGACGUGCCAUUUAUUUUAAGUAUAUUAAAUUCGAUUUUUUCUCAAUUUUUAACGCUCUGUACAUCAAAAAAGAAAUACAUUCUUUAAACCACUUGUUCAUAUAAACUUUCUCUUAAAAAAAUAUGAGGAAUCACACCACAUAUUUUUUAGACAAAUUAAGAAAUACCCUGUAUAUUGGACACAAGCUUUAAAAAUGACGUAUUUAUUCUGAUUAAUAUGAACUAUUAUUAUACUUCACUUCUUCGCGCUUUGAUAUUUGACAGAAUGAUAAUGCUUUGGUUCAGACAAAAAAUACCUAGACACUGGAUGCAUGUGUUUUGUGGUAGACGCUGCAUUGCGGUCAGUAUUAUGAAUAUUUUGAUUUUUAAGUUGAAUGAUACCUACAGGGUGACAAUUUGAAAACGAACAGUAUUUAAU